AUGUCCGAGGCUGGCCUUCUCACCACGUUAACGGCUCAUGGUCGACCGACAUGGAGCGCAUUGCGCUCAGCCUCCUCUAUACUAUUCCCUAGACGGCUUCUCCCAUCGCAUCACGCGCCGCUCAACGCCGUGCAAGCGGAUACCGUGGACCCGGAACUGAGGUUACCCAAGACGAGCUCGCUGGUCAUCACGAUCAUGUGGAAUGUUCUGUCUCAGACGAGCUUCUUCAUCAUCGUAUCCUCCGGCAGCGAGUACGCCAAGUUCCUAGGAGGCACGGAUACUUUCGCCGGUCUAGUGCUUGGGAUCCCGACUGUCUGCUCUGGUCUAGCGCUUAUCCCGCUCACGCGAUACGACCGUGGUCGCUACAAGCUCCCCCUCGUCUUCUCCUGUAUCGCCGGCGUAAUCGGGACAGCACUUUACGGCCUUGCAUACCGCACGCACUUCCUCUACCUCAUACUCAUAUCGCGUCUCGUACUCGGUCUCGCUUUCACGUCCUUCCUCUACACGAAACGAUACAUCACGGAUGCUCGCCUUGUUGGUGCUCGUCGGCGGACUACGUUGGCCGGAUGGCUUGUGAUCGGACAAUGCGGAGGAUUCUCCGUCGGUCCAUUUGCGGGUGGAUUACUCUACAAGAUUGGAUUUGGGAACGAUAUAUUCAAUGGCUACACCAGCCCGGGAUGGGUCAUGGCCGCGUCAUGGCUAGUGUUCACUGUCGUGUCAAUAUUCUGGUUUGAGGACGUACAGCCCGUCCGCCCACUGUCUUCCUCGUCUAUACUCCUGCAGCCAGUUCCAGCAGGCAAUCUGUCAAAGGAACAAAUCGCGGAGAUACGGAGAUCUUUUGAGGAGGAACCGGGUCGCCCCACCCUUGACGCAGUCCCAGAACCGCUGCCCGACACGACGUACCGCCCAUCGGUGGCGCAGUGGGGUGUCGUCGCAACCAUGUGCUGGUUUGCCAUGACGUGCUUUUUCGUGUUGGGUGGUUGGGAAGCCAAUAUACCCAUCUACGCCGCUCAGGCGUUCCAGUCGUCACCCUUCAGAUCCGGAAAUUUAAUCGCUCUCGGUGGACUGUGUACCUUUCCCUUCAUCUUCUCCAACGUCCUUUACGCCAGACGCUUUCAAGACCGAUAUAUACUCGCCACCGGAUCCAGCAUUGGGCUUUUGGGCCUACUCAUCACGAUCGCGACACUCGCCACGGGCAAGAUGACAUAUUGGGCCCUGUUCGUGUGCUGGUUCCUCGUCGCUCUCGGUUUCAACCUCGCGACCACUGUCACCCUCAGCCUCUUGAGCAAGCAGAUGCCACAUCAUUGGAACGGGCGCAUGAGUAUGUUCAUCCAGUACAGCAAUUUUGCUGGUCGUGUUACGGGCGCCGUGUGGGGAGGUUCCGGGGUCACGGUCGGCAUGUUGUCGUACGUCGGAUUACAACUGGCAUUCCUUGGCAUUGGUUUUGUGAUGUUUAUGGUGUUGUGGAGGGAACUCAAGGCAAAGGCGGGUUAG